AUGGUCUCGAUGGAUAGUUUCCUGAAAGAGUCUCAGCGACUACAUCCCCCAGCAGCUCUCUCUGCCCAUCGGGUCUGCAUCACUGACCUCAAGCUAUCUAACGGCAUCACGCUCAAGAAAGGCUCCCACGUCGCAGUACCAAGUGAUGUCAUCCAGCGAUCUAGCUCGAACUAUGAGAGUCCCGACUCGUUCGAUGGCUUCCGAUUUGUCAAACGUGCCGCUGCCGGAGACAAGAAUUCCCAGCUUGUCGAUCUAAGCCCUGACUAUCUGGUGUUUGGAAUGGGUGUACACGCCUGCCCCGGGCGAUGGAUGGCUAGCGCUCUUAUGAAGUUGGCUCUUGCACAUAUUCUGACUCGGUUUGACAUCACCAUGUCCGAUUCGUCCUCUGAACUUCACAUCAAGAGCUCCCACGAAGAAGCCAAGGCUACCCGCAGGAAAAAGCCCAACAGUAUGAACGAGAGGAGCUCAAGCCCAAGUGAGGAAGAUGACUCCAAUUCCCAGUCCAAGCGCGUUGAAUCUUCAUUCGCUGCAUCGCCUCAGCCCUUCCUUGACCCGCCAACCUGGGAAACCAUGCUCAAGCACAGUCAAGAAAGACUAGCAGCACAGUCAGCAUCAGGUGGCUCUUCAGAGGCCUCUGCAGCUCAGGAGUCGGCUGAGCGGUUGAGACAACGUGUCGAUCGCGAGACGGAGUAUGGGUCCAUGGCUAUCCGGGGUCGGUCAAGUGUACGUGGGCGUGGGAAGAGGGGGAGGGGUAAUGGAAAUGGUUAUUGGGGUGGAAGAUACUGA